AUGGAGAAGGCCGAAAUCCACCAAGCCGAGCAUCCCGUCGGUGCAAACGAAAGCCUCGGGCGAGCGAUUCAACAAGAAGAAAAAAAUCGAACAUGGGCUCAGUCAAUCCGACGCGACCCCUGGCUGCUGUUCUGGGUCGGGCUGAUGCUCUGGACCCUCAUCGUUCGAGGUUUUGAGAGUCAGGCAUCCGGCUCCGUUGUCAGUAUCCCCGUGUUCAAACAGCAAUUUGGUGUUCUUCAAGAUGGAGCCUACUUCGUCGAUACACGCUGGCUGUCGGCCUUGAAUGGCGGAGCAACUGGUGCAAGCAUCGUCGGCUCCUGGGUAGCAUCAUGGCUGGCUGAUAUCUACGGCACCAAGCCAACAAUCAUCGGCUUUGCAAUGCUCAACAUCGCCUCUGUCGGUGUCGAGUUUGGCUCUACCUCGAUCGGCAUGUACUUUGGCGGCAAGAUGGCCAACUUUGUCGCCAUCGGAGCAUUCUUGACUCUAUGCACGGCCUAUGUCUCUGAUGUCGCGCCUCUGGCCAUCCGCGCAACCCUGAUUGGGUUCUGUAACCUGUCUCAGUGCAUCGGUCCCUUCGUCGCGGCUAUUAUGGCCAACUUCACCUCCACCUGGACCACAUCAUGGGCUUGGAAGUCCUUGAUCUGCGCCCAAUGGGGAUUCGGUGUCAUCGCAAUCAUCGGCCACUUGUUCAUGCCAGAGUCGCCCGUUUUUCUAGCUUCAAAGGGAAAGUUGGAGGAUGCCCGAAAGUCGUUGGAGCGCAUGUACACCGACCCUCGAGAUGCUGAUGGGCAUUUGAAGAGGAUCGUCCUGACUCUGGAGGAGGCAGAGACGCAGAAAUCAUCGUCCUACCUUGAUUGCUUCAAGGGAACCAACUUGCGCCGAACCCUGAUCGCCAUCAUGGUCUUCCAGUCAGAGCCCAAUUCCGGCCUCGGCUUCGUCGGCAGCUACGGAGCUCUGAUGUACCAGUAUAUUGGAGUCAGCGACGCCAAAUCAUUCCAACUUCAAAUUGGCGGUCAAAUCUUGUCCAUCUCUGGAGCUACCAUUGCUCUCUUGCUAUCCGACUUCUACGGCCGCAGGCCCAUGUACAUUGCUGGAUGCACUGGGGUUUCUCUGCUGCUCAUCUGCAUGGCCAUCUCCGGCUCAGUGAAUACAACUGCCGCCGCGACUGCGUCAGUAGGGUUUUAUACGAUGUUCAACUUCUUCUAUAAUGUUGGCAUCGGGUCCACUGUCUAUGCCAUUGCUGGAGAGAUUCCCACAUCCAUCUUGCGAUCAAAGACACUUGCUGUGGCCAUCUCAUCCUCGAAUGCCAUGAAUACGUUCUGGGCUUUCGUGUCUCCCUACAUCUUCAACCCCGAUUACGGAAACCUCAAGGCUAAGAUUGGGUUCGUGUUUGGUGCCAUCAUGGCAAUCUUUAUUGUUCUGGGUUACCUCUAUGUUCCCGAGACCCGGAUGCGAAGUUACGAAGAGCUGGAUGAGCUUUUCAUGAACAAGGUCCCUGCUCGCCAGUUCAAGGGCCACGUUACUGUAGCGGAGCAGCGUGCAGCAGAGGCCUUUACUGCCGAGGACAAGAUGCGCAAGGGCAGCCAAGUAUAA